ACCCUGAGUGACAAAGCAGAAGUGCAUCAAUGACUCUUGGCAGGCUUUUUGUUGACUGACAAUUAAUGUUUUACACGAUGUUUCAAUAAUGUUUUACAUCCCAGUUUUAAAUUCUCUGUAAUCAAGUCUUUUAGGUUUGCAUGAACACUUUCCCUAUAUCUCUAGCUCUGGAGUGUAUUCAGGCCCAGUUGUGAGCAAGAGGCAGACUGACUGAAGGAGCUGGAAGCAUGCUAGGCAGGAUUUGCAGGGGUAGAAGGUAUUGAAAGAACAGAAGCAUAGGAGGAAGUGAGCAAAGGACCAGGGUGCAAGUUUUGGAAAAAAACAACAACCCAGAUUUGUGGGAGAAAACUGCUUUUAAAGAUGUGUUGACCAGAAGAAUCUCACUAGUGGCCCUUGGUAAAACUAGUGCCUUAUAAAAGAUGGGGUUUGGAAGUGAUCUGAAGUGUUCUCAUGAAGCUUUGCUAAAACUUCAAGAUUGGGAGUUACGGCUACUGGAAACAGUGAAGAAAUUUAUGGCCAUGAGAAUAAAAAGUGACAAAGAAUAUGCAUCCACCUUGCAAAAUCUUUGCAGUCAGGUUGAUAAGGAAAGUGCUUCACAACUGGAUUAUGUUAGUAAUGUGUCUAAGUCAUGGCUUCUUAUUGUGCAGCAGACAGAGCAGCUUAGCAGGAUCAUGAAGACACAUGCAGAAGACCUUAAUGCUGGCCCAUUACAUAGGCUUACAGUGAUGAUCAAAGACAAGCAGCAGAUAAAGAAAAGUUACAUUGGUGUUCAUCAGCAAAUUGAGGCAGAAAUGUUCAGGGUUACAAAAACAGAAUUGGAAAAAUUAAAAUGUAGUUAUAGACAAUUAAUUAAGGAAGUAAAUUCUGCCAAAGAGAAGUACAAAGAAGCUGUGUCUAAAGGAAAGGAGACUGAAAAAGCCAAAGAUCGUUAUGACAAAGCUACUAUGAAGCUCCACAUGUUGCACAAUCAGUAUGUGUUGGCGCUAAAAGGAGCACAGUUACACCAGCACCAAUAUUAUGAUGCUACACUCCCUCUGUUCCUUGACUCAUUACAGAAGAUGCAAGAAGAGAUGAUUAAAGCACUAAAAGGAAUUCUUGAGGAAUACAGCCAGAUCACCAGUCUGGUAACAGAAGAAAUAGUGAAUGUUCAUAAAGAAAUCCAGACAUCUGUUGAGCAGAUAGAUCCUUCUUCGGAGUAUGAUAGUUUCAUAGAGGCCUAUAGGACAUCAGAUGUUGAACAACAAGAAAUAGAGUUUGAUACAUCUUUACUAGAGGAAAAUGAAAAUCUUCAAGCCAAUGAGAUUAUGUGGAAUAAUCUGACAGCUGAAAGUUUGCAAGCUAUGUUGAAAACAGUAGUAGAAGAACUGAUUCAAACGCAGCAGACACUUCUAAAUAAGGAGGAGCUGGUAUUAGAACUGGAAAAGAAGAUAGAAGAGUCUUCCAAGAUCUAUGAAAGGAAAUCUGAUGUUGUGCUUCUGCUCAGCCAAAAGCAAGCACUGGAAGAGCUAAAGCAAACUGUUCAGCAGUUGAAAUGCACUGAAGUCAAGUUUGCGGCACAGAAAGAACUUCUACAACAAAAAGUACAAGAAAAUGAUGGGAAAGAGCCCCCACCUGUAGUACAUUAUGAAGAAGAUGCUAGAUCAGUCUCUUCUAUGGAUAAGAAAGAAAAAGUUUCUAGGUUUGAUACCAUUCGGCACUCCAUUGCUGGAAUGAUAAGAUCUCCAAAGUCUAUGCUGGGCUCUUCAUCGUUCUUUGAUGUAAUAUCAACCAGCGAAAAACCCCUGGCAGAUCAAGAUUGGUACCAUGGUGCAAUCCCAAGAGUAGAAGCUCAAGAGUUAUUAAAACAGCAAGGAGACUUUCUGGUGCGAGAGAGUCAUGGGAAACCUGGUGAAUAUGUCCUUUCCGUGUUUUCAGAUGCACAAAGGAGACACUUCAUCAUACAGUAUGCUGAUAAUCAAUAUCGAUUUGAAGGAACAGGGUUUCCGACUAUCCCUCAGCUGAUAGAACAUCAUUACACAACGAAGCAAGUGAUUACAAAGAAAUCAGGGGUUGUUCUGCUGAAUCCUGUUGUUAAGGAUAAGAAAUGGAUUCUCAAUCAUGAAGAUGUCACACUGGGAGAAUUACUGGGCAAAGGUAAUUUUGGUGAAGUGUACAAAGGAACAUUAAAAGAUAAGACUCCUGUUGCUGUAAAAACAUGUAAAGAAGACCUUCCUCAGGAGCUGAAAAUAAAGUUUUUAUCAGAGGCCAGAAUACUCAAACAAUAUGACCACCCGAAUAUUGUAAAACUUAUAGGAGUAUGCACUCAAAGGCAACCUAUUUAUAUUGUUAUGGAACUUGUUCCAGGAGGUGAUUUUCUCUCCUUUCUAAGAAAGAAGAAGGAUGAGCUAAAAAUCAAACAGUUAGUGAAAUUUGCAUUAGAUGUUGCUGCUGGAAUGGCAUAUCUUGAAUCCAAAAACUGUAUACACAGGGACCUUGCUGCAAGGAACUGCCUAGUAGGAGAAAACAAUGUUCUGAAGAUCAGUGAUUUUGGAAUGUCUCGUCAAGAAGAUGAUGGUGUAUAUUCAUCUUCAGGAUUAAAACAGAUUCCCAUCAAAUGGACUGCUCCAGAGGCUUUGAACUAUGGACGAUUCACUUCUGAAAGUGAUGUAUGGAGUUAUGGAAUCUUCCUCUGGGAGACCUUCAGUUUAGGGGUAUGUCCAUACCCAGGAAUGACUAAUCAACAAGCACGAGAGCAGGUGGAGAAAGGUUAUCGUAUGUCAGCACCUCAGAAAUGUCCAGAGGAAAUCUAUAAAAUAAUGUUGCGGUGUUGGGAUUACAAUCCUGAAAUGAGACCAAAAUUCAGUGAAAUUCACAAAGAGCUCUCUGCAUUGAAAAAGAAAGUGACAUCAUGAGAAAACUAGCAGAACUCAAAACUCAAUGAGUCUUCUCUUUUUCCAGAAAAGUUAUAUUUUCUGUCAUGAACACUGCGUUUAUACUACAGUUCUUUCAAUAUUCUUCUACAAUUCUUUUUUUUUAAAAAAAAUGCUGUUUCUAUUCAAGUGUGUCUAAACAGGAAACUAUCAAAGAUAUUAUAUGUUAAAGAGAAAGUGCUCUGCCAAAUGUUUUAUUUCCAGUCAUAGUGUUGCUGUAAUGUUGCAUGUAAACAGGCAACGCAUGAUAUAUGAGCUGAUUUCAGAAACUCACACUUUUUCCUGUUUUGAAGCUUGUUUAUUGGUUUCUCAUUCCAGGGUCUCAGAGCACUAUAAAGUGGUGUGGUUUAUGUGCCAUUUCUGCAGAUCUUUAUAUGGAAGGCAGAGUUUUCUCUGUUGCCCUGAUUGAAAAGAUUAAACUGUGUUGUGCUCUAGGAAAAAAUACACAAAAGCCACCAGCUAAUGCUGUCCUGGAUAUGCAUUGAUUCUUACACUAAGAUUUGGUUCAACAGUUGAGGAAUGCAUACGCGUGUUUCUUGCAGAAACAUUUUAAAGCAUGAAAAUGAGGCACAGUUCUACAGAGAUCAUUGUUCAGAAAUCUGUGUGAGUUCUAGCUUCUGUUUGUGGAGAGUAGGGGUAAUAAAUCUAAAGCAGAGUCUAUGUGUGAUGCAACUGUCAAAAAAACUGCAGAUGAUCUGUCUUUUGGAAGGAUUGAGCUAUGGCAGUACACAGUUGUUUUGGAAGGUGCACAUUCAGAAAUGCUGUCAGUAAGAAACAUGCUUGAGAAUGAGAGUGGCAUAUAAUGAAGGUAACCAGUAGUAUUGAUUUUGGAUGGGGAAGGGAAAGUGAAUUUCCUGAUUGGCCUGUGAAUUGAUGUUUCUGUUCUAUAUGCAGCUAGAGCUAGGAAAAAAGGAAAAUAUAUUCUAUAAACAAUGUCCAAAGAAAGAUGGCAGUUUUUGGUAGCACACACAAAAAGGCCUAAUGGAAAAAAGAAAUGUUAUAUCCUGUAAAAUAGCAUCUGGCACACGAAACAGACUAUGAGGUUGAAAUGUUCAAUAGGAAUCCAUUUUUCUGUCUGUAUCUAAAUUCUCCCGUUUAUUCAGUGGACAGUUUGCACAAUCAGGAUGACAGAUAUGUGGCAAAAUAUGCCAUCUCUGGGAGUGGGUUAUUUCUGGAAUCUCUGCAAGGUACUUUUUUCUCUUAUAUUUCAUGAAUGGAUGGCCUGAUCCUUCAAUCUUGGAUCAAUACUUGACCAAUCCUGUUGCUGAAAUUUCAGCUUGCUUAUAAGAGACUGAAAAAGUGGCCAUAGCGUAUCACCAGGUUGCUUAGUCCCAGCCCAGAGGAAUGAAGUUGAGCCUUGAAACUGUAGUCCCUUUCCGCAGUAGGGCCAAAAUGUUGGGCAGAUCUUUGCAUUAUAUUAUUUGUUUGUGUUGUAGGCUGAUGUUUCCAGGCAGAGCACAUUUGUUCUUCUCUGUGUGUUUGUGGUAGUACAGAAUGGUGCUGUUGAGAAGGGUGUAUUCCACAUGUAGUCUAGGAAGGUCAUUAGCAUGAUGAUAA